AUGCCGUCGCAAGAAUCGGGUAACUCUGGCGGAGGCGGGGCCAGUCCGACCCAUGAGGAGCUACGGACAGCCAUCGAUGACGCCGUCGGCGACGCCAGCACCAGACUGGAAAGGAUGGUUGAAGAUAAAUUGGAGGGCAUCAUGGACUCCUUGUCUCGAUUAGUGCCCGGGGCACCGCCUGCCCGGAGUCCGACCGCGGCGGGCGGCGGAGGAGAGUCAUCGGGAGGGGCGCACACCCUUCCGGGCGCUGGGUUUUCGACGGACCACGCGCCAAGUACCGGACGGGGACUCGAGGGAGCGAGAGGACUGCUAGGCCCAGCGCCACGAGAGCACACGCCAUCCGAGGGAGGCAUCUCGCGAAAAGGCGCCCAAAGCGAGCAGGCCGCAUGGUCCAAACAUGCGGCAUGGAAGGUGCCUUGAAUGAUAGCAGGGACAUUAAUUGUGGUACAAGGUGUAGAUGAUGACGGUAUGGUAAGGCAGGGAGUGAGGAGGGAGGAGAUUGCCAUGUACCGAGUUAUGUGGGUAUUACUGACCGAAGCGAUCUCAGAAAGUGCGACCAAGGUUAUGGUGUUUGGUUGCAAAUGACCCUCAGCAGCGUGGCGUGCGUUGGAAGAGACAUUUUCUCCGUUGACAGGCGGCGAGCAAAUAUCACUGAUGGCAAAGUUUUUCGACGCCCAACAGGGGAAGAACCAGGAUCCACAAGUAAGUGUUCUAUCAGGAGUUCAAGUCCAUAGUGACCAGCCUAGAGUUGGCAUUGAACAACCCAUCCCAAAGAUGCUCGUUUAUGCGCGAUUCCUCGACGCGCUUUCACCGGAAUUCGAAGUUCAAAAGC